AUGGCUGUACUACCAGAAGUGCCUGUGACGACAAAAGAUGUGAAGAUCGAAGCCAUUCAGCUAUGUGGAUCUGAUAAUCAGACCCCAGAAGAAAUUGAUCGACUUCACCAAAGUAUCUGGAAGUUCCGACAUCUCUUGAUCGGCAAGGGAAAUGCCCUUCCGCCGGCGCCUAGAGGUGUGAUGUGCGAUAUCGACGUUGGCGGGGCGAGACCUAUCGCCCUGAAGUGUCGUAAGUUGCGGAUCCAGUUCAAGGAGAAGCUGGGAGACUUAAUGAAUGGUCUAUUGUCCGCCAAGAUGAUCAAUUACUCUAGAUCACCAUGGGCUUCCCCGAUCAUGGUGAUCAUCAAGAAGAAUGGAGUGGAUAUCAGGUUGUGUAUCGAUUAUCGGCUGGUUAACAGCUUGACUCAGCUAAUGAUCUACCCAAUGCCCUUGAUCAACGACCUACUUGAAGAUCUGGAGUCGACACUUUGGUACUGUUCUUUGGAUAUGGCGAGGGGUUUUUGA